CUUGGCUAAGAGAUGUGAACUGGAGUAAAAGGAGUAAUGACUAUCGAAGCUGUUUGUUGUCCUUCUCCGUUCUCUUGCUUCUCUUCUUCUUUCUUUCCCUAGUCACUAUCUUUAUCGAAUUGGUCUCUUCUGUAAUACUUAGCUCUUCUUCUACAACACGUUUGCUCCAUUACGAUCUAUACCUUAACUGAAACCUCUUUGUUUGACUUACAAUGAGUCGUGAUCGCUUGAACGAUUUCAACAAUGGUUCUGCCGCAUAUGGCGACAAGGAUAAUGGCAAUCAAACGCCUGUUGAGCUUGCUCCUUUGCGUGGCGAUACAUUGAAUCAAUUCUUUCAAGAGACUGAAGUCAUUCAGACCAAGAUCCAACAAUUCCAGACUGGCAUCAGUGAGAUUGAUCAACUCUAUAGCCGAAAGCUCAGCUCCAGCGCUAGCGUUGAAGUUAUCAAGCAGCUGGAGGAAAGGACCCAAUCCACUAACAGUCUAUCAACCGAAAUCUAUGACCGACUUCGAGCCUUAACAUCGUCCAACAUGAAAGUGCGUACUAAAGAGGAAUAUGACCAACGUAAACUGAGGACAUCGACGCUGAGUAAACAAUUCAAGGAGGCUGUUAGCCGAUACCAAAAUGUACAGUAUGAGAAUGGACAAAAGGCUAAGGAAACGAUGGCGAGACAGUUCCGUAUUGCUAAUCCCCAAGCAACUGAAGAGGAUAUCAAGCGGUUGGUGGAUGAGGAGCAAGGUGGUGCUUUCACACAACAGCUGCUUCAGCAAACUAGAGGGCAACAGGCUACAUUGGCACUCAAUAAUGUUCAAGACCGGCAACGGGAACUGAAGAAACUUCAAGAGAGUGUUGUGGAAUUGGCUGAGCUGUACAAGCAAAUGGAGACUUUGAUCUUUGAUCAGGAUCUAACCUUUCAGCAGAUUGAAGGCAAUGUUAUGCGAGCAGAACAAGAUCUUGAAAAGGGCCUUGGACAGGUUGAUCUGGCCUAUCGAGAUGCCAGUGCGGCGAGGAAGAAAAAGUGGAUGGCUUUAGGCAUUAUAGUCCUCAUUAUUGCCAUUAUCCUCGUCAUUGGAGCAAUUCAAGGCUGGUUCCGACCAGCAAAUUAAGCGGCAAUGCUUAUUAUUCGAUAUUCUGUUAGCAAUUCAUUGAAAUAAAAUAAAGUGAUGUAUAUUAAGGGGCGGGGUUGAUCC